AUACAUCAGCUUUUGAGAUACAUAGGAAUCUACAAAAAGAUUAAAGUAGAAUCUAAAAAAACAUGCAUAAUGUUUCUGGUUACUUGAUUCUUUCUUUGGUUGCUCUCUCAUUACCAUGUUUUCUUCUUCUGCAAGCAACGAUAGCAACCGGAAGCUUAAUUACCCUGCCAAAAGCCAGUAAUGAGACGGGUAUUGGUGUCAUCCUUGACCAAACGUCUAGGCCCGGCAAAGAGGCCAAAGUGGCAAUUGAGUUAGCAAUUCAAGACUUCAACAUCAAUACCGAUCAACCUUUGGUUUUACACCUUAAAAACUCUCGAAACAAGCCUGGUCAUGCAUUUAUUGCAGCUAAAGAACUUAUUGAAGAACACAAAGUGAAAGCCAUACUGGGAGGUCAUACAUGGGAGGAAGCAUCUACCAUAGCCGAGGUUAUCAGCGACAGCGAACAUGAUCACGACAUCCCCCUCUUUAUUUCCUUGGCUGGCACGACUCCACUACAACCAACCGAUCAAUGGCCAUUUUUCAUUCAAGCAGUUCCACCACAAUCCACACAGAUGAACGCAGUGGCUGCCAUUUUACAAUCAAUGGGCAUACGCCAAGUUACCCUCAUAUACGAAACCUCCUCAUCCGCAUCAAUCAUUUCUCAUCUCACUCAGGCACUUCAUCAAACUGGUUCUGAGCUAACAAACAUUUUACCACUCACAUCUAGCUCGUGUUCUAUAGAUAAAGAGCUUGAGCUUGUCAAGAGACAACAACGUAAAGUCUUUGUAGUUCAUACAUCUUUGGAGCUUGGAGUUCGUUUGUUUCAGAUAGCCAAGAAGAUGGAGAUGGUUGGAGAUGGGUAUCUAUGGAUUGCAACUAAUGCAAUCACCGAUCUUUUUCAUUCCGUUAAUUCCACAGUGAUUUCUUCCCUGAAAGGUAUGGUUGGAGUCAAAAGUUACUUCCCUGAAAACACUCCGGAUUUUCUACAUUUCAGAAAAAGAUUCAGGCAAAAGUUUCAUUUGGAUUACCCGGAAGACGAGCAGGAUGAACCUGGAAUCUUUGCAGUGCAAGGAUAUAACGCCAUGAAAAUGGUGGAAAAGUUUAAUGGAUUGAAAACAGUUUUGGCGAACACAGUAGAGAUUGUUAAUGUGAAUGGAAAGGGAUAUCACAGUGUGUAUUGGACAGAAGGAUUGGGGUUUUCUGAGACAGUUGAAAAUGAGAUCAAUGGAGCAAGUAAUUACACUCAUUUAAUAGAUAAUGUUGGAGAGAUUCUGUGGCCGGUGCAGCCAUGGUAUGCUGGUAGACGUCGCAGGAAUCUGGCUGGAAGUUCACAGAAUCGAUUGAGGGUCGGUGUUCCGGCUCAUUCUUUGUUCAAGCAAUUCGUGUUUCAUGACAACAAGACUAAACGCUUCAGUGGAUUCGUAGUUGAUGUGUUCCAUGAAAUGAUGACAAAAAUGAAUCAACCAUAUGAUCUUUUUCCGUUUCAUGAUUCAUAUGAUGACUUGGUAAAAGCAAUUGAUAAAAAGGAAUUCGAUGCUGUAGCGGGUGAUGUAACGAUUCUAUCGGAAAGACAUGAAUUUGCAGAUUUCACACAACCGUACACCGAAUCAGGUUUGGAGAUGAUUGUCCCCGUACGAUCUAGAUUAUCAAACCAGCCAUGGUUGUUCUUGAAGCCUUUCACUGCAAAAAUGUGGUGGAUAACAGCAGCAAUUACUACUUACAAUGGCUUUGUUAUUUGGUUGAUUGAGAGAAACCACAAUAAAGAUCUUCAAGGUCCCCACCCCAUCUCCAUCAUAACCCAAAUUGGAAUCAUUCUUUGGCUUGCAUUCUCGACACUCUUCACUUUGCGUGGUGAUAAGAUGCAUAGUAAUUUGUCAAGAAUGGCGGUGGUCAUGUGGUUAUUUGUGGCGCUAAUUAUCACACAGAGCUACACAGCUAGCUUGGCAAGUAUGCUCACAGCUCAACGGCUUGAACCAACGAUAACGAGUGUUGAGAUGCUUAGAAACAUGAAUGCAACCGUGGGCUACUGCAAUGGAUCGUAUAUAAACAGAUAUUUGGAAAAUGUUCUAGAGUUUAAAGAUUUUAGGAUCAAGAGCUACAACUCGACCCAUGGAUAUGCUGAGGGCCUUAAUAGUGGCGAAAUUAAAGCCAUCUUUCUUGAAGUUCCUGCAGCUAAAGUUUUCCUAGCUCAGUACUGCAAGAGUUUUAUCAGAACUGGAGAGACAUUCAAAGUUGGAGGUUUCGGAUUUGCAUUUCACAGGGGGUUUGAAAGACUUUCAGAGGCGAACGGGGCAUUAAUGAAUGUAUCAGAAAGUGGGAAAAUCAAAGAACUUGAGGAGAAACAUCUUAUUUCGGAGGAGUGUGUGGAUGAAGAAUCUUCACCUGAUGAAAACGGAAGGCUUAACCUUCACAGCUUUUGGGUACUAUUUGUGUUAACCGGAGGGACAUCAACGGUUGCUCUUGUUAUCUACAUUGUCAUCAGCUUCAAAGAAUUCAAAACAUCCAAUCAAGAAGACACAAGUUUAUCCAAGCUGUUAUCAGCAUUUAUAAAAGAUUGGCUACGGCGAAUGAGACGAUCAUCUAGCAUAGUUGCUAGUGUAGAAAGUGCUAGACACACUAGAAACAUUGAUCAGGCAGAUAACACAGAUGAUGAUUCAUAAUAAGAUUCAAGUCCCCAUAGAUGAUAGAUAUGAUCGUUAAUUAAUUUACUAUUUAACUCUUACUUAGAACAGUGUUUAAAAAUGUUCAAAUUAGUUUUCUUUCUUGUAAAGCAUAUUAUGUACACAGAUGCUUUAACUAAUCUUCGUUUCUUAUAAAAUAGUUUCAUGUUGUG